GCAAUCUUGGAAAGUAGGAUAAAUAGCCUCAGUUUUGUGUAGCUUCAAUUCUGCACCCCAAGAAAAAUGCAAAAGGAGUUAAAUUUGACUUGGAAAUGGUGGCUAUUAACUGUACUAUAAGGGAGAAAACUUAGGGAGAAAAGUAGAUUUUCUAAUAUGUUCCUGGAUCCUUCUCAUUGUUCCUGGUGCUGCACUUCUAAGAUGUUCUUAAAACCUCUUUUCUCCAGCAAAGCCAGGAAAAUGUUGCCUGUAGGACCUUCCAAGAACUGAUCUCAUUUCUACCUGAAAAGCGAAUGAAGUACAACAGCCUUGCAUGAACGUUAUCAGCCACUCACCAUGGCUUUCCUCCCUGGAAACUCCUCUGACUGCUCCAACUGCACCCACUCCGUGGGGCCCGUGAACAUUUCAAAGGCCAUUUUACUAGGUGUUAUUCUAGGGGGGCUGAUAGUUUUUGGGGUUUUGGGUAAUAUUCUCGUUAUCCUCUCUGUAGCCUGCCACAGACAUCUUCAGAGUGUUACCCACUACUAUAUAAUUAACCUGGCUGUAGCCGAUCUCCUCUUGACUUCCACUGUCCUGCCCUUCUCAGCUACUAUGGAGAUUUUGGGCUACUGGACUUUUGGAAGAAUCUUCUGCAACAUCUGGGCAGCUGUAGAUGUCCUUUGCUGCACUGCUUCCAUUAUGAGCCUCUGUAUCAUCUCGAUAGACAGAUACAUCGGGGUGAGCUACCCUCUGAGAUACCCAAGUAUAGUGACAGAGAAGAGAGGCCUCCUGGCAUUACUGUGUGUUUGGGCAUUGUCUCUGGUGAUAUCGAUUGGGCCUCUUUUUGGCUGGAAGGAACCAGCACCAGAAGAUGAGACCAUCUGUCAAAUCACCGAGGAGCCUGGCUACGUGUUGUUCUCUGCUCUAGGCUCCUUCUACCUCCCCCUGACUAUUAUCUUGGUGAUGUAUUGCCGAGUGUAUGUAGUGGCCAAAAGGGAAAACAAAGGUCUGACUUCUGGUCUGAAGACAGAGAGAUCUCGUUCUGAAGAAGUGACCCUCCGGAUCCAUCGUAAAAAUGCUCCCGAAGGGAGCAGAUCAGCAUCCAACCCCAAGAGCAAGCACCAUUUCUCAGUGCGUCUCCUCAAGUUCUCUAGGGAAAAGAAAGCUGCCAAGACCCUGGGAAUAGUGGUGGGAUGCUUCGUUCUCUGCUGGCUUCCAUUUUUUGUAGUAAUGCCUCUUGGUUCUUUCUUUCCUGCAAUCAAACCCCCGGACACACUUUUUAAAAUAACAUUUUGGCUUGGAUAUUUAAACAGCUGCAUCAACCCCAUAAUCUAUCCGUGCUCAAGUCAAGAGUUUAAGAAAGCAUUCCAAAACGUCCUGAGAGCGCAGUGCCUCCCAAGGAAGCAAGCAGCAAAGAAACAAUCUCCAAGUUUCAAUCUCAACCAUCCCACGAGCCAAAGCAUGGAGAGUGGCAAAGGUGUGGUCCGUAUCCCCGUCAGCUCAGGAGAAACCUUCUACAGGAUUUCCAGGUCGGAUGGAGUCUGUGAAUGGAAGAUAUUCUCGGCCGUGCAAAGCACGCCUGCAAAAAAUCCAGUUUCUAAAGACUGUACUGCUGCCAAAGUCAAAAGUAAAGGUUUCCUCCAGGAAUGCUGCUGUGCAGGUGCUUCAGGGAAUCUCGUCCAUGAAAACUGUAAAGUGCCAACCAUUAAAAUACACACCAUCUCCCUCAGUGAAAACGGGGAGGAUGUCUAAAGGACUGAAUGUGCCUAGCAGCAUAGGCUGGCAAACUCACGGCUCUGCUGAUGGGAUGUUGCUCUUUUUAUUGGGAAGUAGAAGUAGAUGCUACAACAGUUGAAAAGAUCCAGGUGAAGCAAAUAGCAUACUGUAAAACAGGGCCAAAGCUUUUGAGGAGUGAUGUCUUUGAGUGCUGGUAGCCUGAACGAAGCCCCUUAAAGACAGUCAAUGUCUUCAGUGGAUGGUGAGCACCCUACGGUCUUCCAAGAGAUUGGCCUCUGCAAGGGAUUUGCCUGACAUUUAAAGGCUUUAUUUUUCACUGUGUUCCCCUGUUUCAAAGUCCCUACUGCUCCGAGUUCGGUGCAAUGGGAGAGAAAGAGCAAACUACAAAGACCCCACGCCGAUCUCAGCAUGGAUACUUUCAAACAGCUCCACAUUUAGAGCCAUUUUGUGGUUCUGCCCCCCAGAAAAGCUAAUCAUCGAUUCAACAGCCAGGAGAGCUGAGGUUGGGAGGCUCGGGUCUUGGGACAGUGUUUACAGAUCUCUGCUCACUUUUCAUUAAGGGACUGUGGACAAUAAUGUUUUUCUACCACGUCUUGCCUCUUUGAUUCAUGUUCAGGUCCUGGCUUGAUGAAGUCCUCCAUACCUUGUUGAAGAGAACAGGUAGCUCUUUGGAUUUGCAUCUUCGGCUGGACAGCCUCAUUGCUCCUCUUUCCUGGGCUGCUCCAGGUGGGGAAUUGGUCUUCUGCCCUGCCCACAAGGCCACUUGUCCUCCACCUCUCUGGAAAGGCAGUCACUUCAGCUCCCAGGGCAUUGCAAAAACACACCCUUGGCUCUUGCCCUGCUUGGAGUCACUCUAAGUUUCCUUUUGUGCUGUGC